CAAUUUGACAGGGCUGGUCCACUUGAGCCAAGAUGGCGGACGUUGAGGAGCAGCUGACUGAAGAAGAGAAGGUCCGUACUGCUGCAAAUUUUAUCAUCCAUGCCCCACCAGGAGAGUUCAACGAAGUAUUCAAUGAUGUGCGGUUACUGCUCAACAAUGACAAUUUGCUCAGGGAAGGAGCAGCCCAUGCCUUUGCCCAGUAUAACAUGGAUCAGUUUACUCCUACCAAGCUUAAGGAAGAUCAGGUGUUGAUCACAGAGCAUGGAGACCUGGGAAAUGGACGCUUCUUUGACCCCCGGAACAAGCUGUCAUUUAAAUUCGAUCACCUGAGGAAAGAGACUAGCGACAUACAGCCUCAUGCGGGUGAGGCAGGUUUGGAGCAGUGGAGAGAGGCAUGUGACACUGCACUGAGGGCCUACAUCAAAGAGCAUUACCCCACUGGAGUAUGCACAGUUUAUGGGAAAACUAUUGAUGGCCAACAAACGAUCAUUGCCUGCAUCGAAGGACAUCAGUUUCAACCCAAAAACUUCUGGAAUGGCCGUUGCCGGUCAGAGUGGAAGUUCAGUGUGUCUCAGGCCACGGCUCAGGUAGUUGGUGUGCUGAAAGUGCAGGUGCAUUACUAUGAAGACGGCAAUGUGCAGCUGGUCAGUCACAAGGACGUUCAGGACUCUAUUGCUGUUUCUAAUGCAAAGCAGACUGCUGAGGAGUUCAUCAAGGUUAUUGAAAAUGCAGAAAAUGAAUACCAGACGGCAAUCAGUGAGAACUACCAGACCAUGUCGGACACCACCUUUAAAGCCUUACGCCGGCUGCUUCCCGUCACUCGCACCAAGAUCGAUUGGAACAAGAUCCUCAGCUAUAAGAUCGGCAAAGAGAUGCAAAACGCUUAGACCUGACUCGGCAUGCCAACCCUCUGCUCGCAUUACAAGCCAAGAAACAAACUGAGAGGGGCCCAGACCUGAGCUUGGGGCUGGGGCCAGGCUUAGAGCACAGGCUCCUAUAAGUUUGCUAAGAAAUGUUUUUUGUUUGUUUGUUUAUUAUAUAUAUGUUUUUUUUUUUUUUUUUUGUUCUUCAUCUUACAAAAGCCAAGGUUUAACCUCAGCUAAAGAGACUGCCUCCUUUUCUGUAUCGUCAGAAGGCUGUAAGCUUGUUCUAAUGGAUUUAGCAACAGUCCUUACUGUUGAUCAAAUACCUCCUGCAACACCAGUGCACAGGGUCAGAAAUGUCCCCCCCCCCAUCCUUGUGUUUUUGUCCCCACCUCCUUGAUCGUCACCCCUUACACACACAGUGCUUUUCUGUUAAUGGCUUAAACAUUGUUCUUGAUUGAAAAACUUCCAUCAAUGAACCCAUUUUAUGAACCAUGUUUUCAAGUAGUGUUUGAUUUUGAUUUUAAAACUUUUUUAAAAAAAAAAAAUUUAAACAAAAUACCAGAGCUUUUCAAAUGCACUCAAACUUUCAUCUCAAUGAAAUGAACAGACUGAACUGCCUUUGUCAGUGAAAACGGUUUGUGGGAGUUACUGCUUAGGCCAAACUGUAAUCCAACAAGCUUUUAGAAGGCCUGCUCGCACUUUAGGCUAGUACUAUCUAUGUGAGCUGAUAGCUUAGAUCUUGAUGCUUUUCAUCAUGAACCAAAAGAUUUGUGUUAUGUAGGUGAGCACAGGAUUCUGUCCGGUGGUCCGUAAUGCCUGUGCUAGCGUACUGCAGCUGAAAAUGCGUAAUUUGGGCCUCUACUAUUUGCUUACUGCACUCGAAGCAACAAUGAUCAAGUCUCAGAUUAUCUAGAUCAUGCCAACAUUUGAUUUUGACAUUUUUUUAAAUGAUUAUGAUUAAUAACCUUCGCAAUCAUGUUCAUGUAAUCCUAAUUUGUGCCAAAUCUUCGAGUAGUAGUUGUUAUUGGGCAUAUUACCAAAUAUAACUUUUUUUUUUCUGUAGCCACAAGUUAGACAAAGUUAUACAAAGCUAAAGUAUGUUCAUGGAUACAUUUUAAUUUUUAAAUAUCUUUAUUAAAAUAUCCAGAAAAUCCUGUUUUAAGAAUGAAUGCUGUCCAGAAAACUACCCCUGGACGUCGAGGCCAUAUGAACACAUGCCUAAUGCUUGAUGUUUAUACUCCAGUUGUUAGAAAAAAAAUAAUACUUCAAGUAUCUAAACGCUCUGGAGAUCUUUUUUGAGGUGUGCUGUUUGGUCAAGUGUACGUAAACCUUGAAAAGGUUUCUCUUUUUCUUGUCCACAUUUGAUACCUUUUCCAUGCCACCUUGUUUGGUCAGCACAAUAACAGAUCAAAAGCAGUGUUUUGUAAGGUGUUAUCAUGUAAAUGUACUGUCAUUUGAUGAUGGAGUUUUUGCCAAAGUAAGCAGCGCUGUGUUGGUGUGGUCCACAGUUUCAGUUUACAGAUCAAGCGUUUAAUGUCCACGUUUCUUUUGAUUGGAAAUGGUCAGUUUGUCGCCCCCUGUUGUCUAAAACUGGUAUACUGUAUGCAGUCACACAGUUUACUUUUGAUCUCUGCCUCGCUCCCAAGCAUUUAUUACUAUUUUUUACAAAGUGUAUGAGCAAAUAUGAUCCCAGAGGAAUAAAAAGAGAUUUGCACCAACGUAA